UAUGUGUGUGUGUAUGUGUUGGUGUAUGUAUGUAAUUCUGUGUUUUUGACGUUGAGUGUAUAUAAUAACAGUGUCAAAUUUCUUUAUUCUUUCUCACAAAAUUCACACUAUUUUUACAGAAAACAUUCUAUAGAAAGAUUACCAAGCAUGUUUCAAUUCGGGUUUAACAUGUUCCCGGAAAUUCCGCGGCCCUUCAAUACCCAAUAUAAAUGUUUCUCGGUCUCAAUGUUACCCGGAACUUAUCGUCAGGAUGUCGAACGUGGUGGAAAAAUAAUCAUGCCACCAUCUGCUCUGGAACAGCUAACCAGGCUCAACAUUAUUUAUCCGAUGCUGUUUAAGUUGACUAAUAAGAAAACAAACAGAAUUACUCACUGUGGUGUGUUGGAAUUUAUUGCAGACGAAGGCAAAGUCUACUUACCUUAUUGGAUGAUGCAUAAUCUCUUACUGGAAGAGGGUGAACUACUGAAUGUAGAAAGUGUAUCACUACCAGUAGCAACAUUUUCACGCUUCCAGCCACAAUCAGAGGACUUCCUGGAUAUCACAAACCCGAAGGCUGUACUAGAAAAUGGUCUGCGCAGCUUUGCCUGUCUGACUACAGGCGAUGUGAUUGCUAUCAAAUAUAAUCAGAAGAUCUAUGAAAUGUGUGUGCUAGAGACUAGACCUGGUCCUGCAGUUAGUAUCAUUGAGUGUGACAUGAAUGUAGAGUUUGCACCACCAGUCGGUUACAAAGAACCAGAAAGGGAGACAAAAAAAGAGAAUGAUGAGGUAGAAAAUCUGGCUGAUUUGAUGCCGGCACCAACUGGCUUUGUGCCUUUUAAAGGUGAAGGCGUCCGACUAGAUGGUAAGAAGCGCAAAGACAUGCUUAAGCAAGAAGCUGCCACCGCCAAGCCAACCUAUGUCCGAGGAAUACCUGAUUAUGAUUAUCAGAUAGGUACUCUCAGGUUUCUGCGAAACAUGAAGCCAGCAAAUAACAAAGAUACAAAAGAUCCAGAUGAAUUUAAAGCGUUCACUGGCGAAGGGUUCACUCUACUGAGAAAAUCGAGAAAAUGAUAAAAUAAUAAACCAGUUAAUU